AUGAGCGAGACAUCUACUAUAAAGGCUGAAACCUGUGGCCACAACCCAUCCGACCAUACUUCAUCUCCAGCAUUUUCCGAUAUAAUACACGGUGAAGAUCUUGAGUUUAGAAAAGAACAUGAAAACCCAUUCCCAGUACGACAUAAAUUCGAGGUAUUAGGAAAAAUCACACCUCCUAGCAUACUAUCACGGUGUUCAAAUACCCAGCUUGUCACCAUGGCGGGUGCCGCUUCGGGUUUUCUAGCAGGUAUUGUAGUGUGUCCACUAGAUGUAAUCAAAACUAGACUUCAAGCCCAACAAGACAAGACGAACCGAUUAGGGUUUCGACAAAUGUUGAAAAAGAUACUACGCACAGAAGGUGUGAGUGGGUUAUAUCGAGGGCUAGUGCCAAUUACCAUUGGAUAUCUACCAACAUGGACUAUUUAUUUCACAGUUUACGAAAGAGCCAAAAAGUUUUACCCGCAAUUUAUACUGCGGCACUGGGAUAUCAAUAGCCCUGCAUUAAAUCAUUUCUGCUCUGCCAUAACAGCAGGAAUGACCAGCUCAAUAGCUGUAAACCCGAUUUGGGUUGUUAAAACAAGGUUGAUGGUUCAGUCAAGCAAAAAGUCGUCGCCAACUGAUGUGGUAUACAAGGGAACUAUCGAUGCAUUCAGGACAAUGUAUCAAGAAGAAGGAAUUAGGGUGUUUUACAGUGGGUUGGUGCCUUCACUAUUUGGAUUGAUUCAUGUGGGUAUUCAUUUCCCGGUUUAUGAAAAAAUGAAGUCGUGGUUGCAUUGUAGCACCAUUGAUCAACAAAAUGAAGUACCGGGACUUUUAUGGAGACUUAUUGCUGCAUCGUCCAUUUCCAAAAUGAUUGCUAGUACAAUCACCUACCCGCAUGAGAUUUUGCGUACUCGAUUACAAAUGAGAAAAAACAACGACAAGCAAGGUGGUAGUAAGCCCAAUGCAAACUCCACCACCACCAAUGCAAACUCCACCACCACCAAUGCCAAGGGGUCUCUCAUUAAAACUAUUUCGGACAUUUAUCACAAAGAGGGGCUCCGUGGGUAUUAUGCCGGCUAUGUCACCAACUUGAUACGAACCGUACCUGCAAGUGCAGUCACUUUGGUUAGUUUUGAAUAUUUCAAGACUUAUUUGUUGGAAAUCGGCGGCAAAGCCAAGAAAAUGGCUCAUUGA